GGAGGACGGGGCCGGCAGUAGGACCAGACCAGACCGGACCGGUCGUUGGUGGCGAAGAGGUUAUACUGGUCACUGGUUAUCAUGAACAUCAACAAUUUUGUAAUACUCCCUGGCUCAAAACCUGGAACCUCAGUGAGAUUAAAAGCAAAAACUGUUAGAGAAUUGCAGCUGGAGAAAGCACAUUUAGAAAUGGAAAAUGAAGAGAUGGAGAAGAAAUUACAGCAACUACAGUCAAACAUGAACAGAGAAAAACAAGAGAGAAAGAGAAGUGCUUAUCACUGGAAAUCUGGACGGGCAGGACCAGUGACCACCCAAGUCCGAGUUUUGUCACAAAGCAAAGAAAAUGAUAAUAAGGUUUCUUCAGGAAAAGUGAAGUUGCAAAUUCUCAAAGAACAAAUCCAAGAGCCAGGAAAAGAACCAUUUAAGAGUGAAAUGGCAAGUGCUGUAAUACAUGGAAAACAUGGAUUGAAGGGCAUAGCACAUGGACCAUGGGAAAUUAAGAGUGCACUGCUGACAGAAGCUGGUAUACAUGCUGGAAAAUUGGAAGUUGCUGAUCACUUCAUCAAGGGAAUAAAUCUGAAUGAAUUGAAAAUUAAUCAAGAACAGAAGACAGUAAAUAGCAAGCAUCAGGUCACAUCGGACAAGUUUUCAUCUCUGCUAGCGUCAGUGGGCAGUGCUGAGGAACUGCCCUCAGCAUCAACCUCUACAAGCACUGAGUGUUACAACAGAGGAUUAUUACUAAAUGGUACAUUUAAUGAGGAAGAAUCUGCAGAGUCUUUUCAGGAAGCUUUGCUUCGAUGGAGAAAGGGUAAUCAUCAUCACAGAGAACAACCGUGUGCCAGUGGUGUCCUAUCAGAAUCUGUGGGUGUUUGUGAGGUACAAACUGAUCUUUCUGUUACGAAGAAACCUAUCCAAAUUGAAUUCAAGAAGGGUGGUCUGAGCUACAUGGAGAAACUCUUGCUUAAGAAAUACAGAAGAGCUCUGGUUGAUCAAAUUUCUGUUAGUUGCAUUAAAGAUUUAAGGCCUGUGCAAACACUGAAUGUAGAUGAGCCUAUGAUUGAAGGAGCGAGAGAAGAAGAUGAUGACGAUGAUGACGAUGACUUAACAGUUGAAGAGGUAAAGAGAUAUUGGACAUCUGUUUUUAGAAAAGAAGUACCCGACACUGUUCCUGCAAGUGCAGAGUCCUCUUUGAAAAUUAAAUUCCUUGAUGAAUCUUAUGACAGGGACUUGGAAGAAUCGUCUAACCUUUUGGUGAUGGGAGCUGGGGCUAUCGGAAUGAAUAAACAAGGAAAAGUUGAACCACUCAAGCAGUGUGGAAGAAAUCCUGUUUCUUCUAAAGAAAUUUCUCAAGAGAAACUGGUUGUCUGCAGUCUUCAAAGAAAUGUUGUCCAAAAGGAGAGUAUAAAGGCAAAGACUAGAAGAUCACUUACCUCCUCUAAACUACCUGAGAAGGUCUCUAUCCCAACUGAACUAAUGAGCAACAAAUUUUUCCUUGAGACAGAACUGCAGAAAAAACAUAAAGAUUCUCAAGAAAUGGACAGUGUCUGCAACAAUCAGAGUUUGGUUUUGCCUAUGAUUACAAAAUCUUCAUUGUUACAGGAUAUAGCCAAAAGACAGAAAUCUGUUUCUGCAUGGUACUGGGGACUUGAAGGUUUCUUUGUAGGUGUAAACCCUAAACAAGUAGUGCUUGAAGCAUGUUCUUCAUUGUGUGCUGACUCUAUCCCUGUGGACUGUAGUAUCUCAUUUCCAGGAGAUGGAAAGUGGUUUAUUGAAAGGAGCUUAAGUGAAUACGCUGAUGACUCUGUAGUUCAAGGUGUCUUAGAAAGUCAGUUGAAUAGACCUUCCAGUGGUUUGGAUGCUCAAGGUAGAAUCUCAACCCUAAUGGCAGUGUGGCAGCCCUACCCAGGGAAUGACUCUAGAGGACCUUGGUCAACAAAUAUGUCACACUGUAAACUGACUGGAAAUUGUCCAACCAGCACUCAACCAACACUGAAGAGUUCACCUGUGCAUACCUUGAGAGUUAAUACUGAGAUACCAAAACACAAGUGCAAUGAUGUAACUGAACAAGAUGAUUAUCUUUGGGAAUACGAUGCUGACCAAGUAGCCCUACUUACUCUGGAAAAAGAAUUACGAAGUUAUAGAGGUCCUGAAAAACAUUACUGCUUAACUUCUGAAGAUGUAACUUCCUCCAUCAGAGACUUGCAGAUUGGCAGAAAUACUACAGAUUUCCCUAAAAACCUGGAGCUAAUAGACCACAUCGGACUUGAUACUUUCAGGGGCUGGGAUGACCAAAUGGAUGAUGAGGAAGAAAUUCUGGAGGAUAAGCAACAGGUUCUUGCAUUACAGUGAACAUGCAAUAAACUUAAUGCAGUUUCUAUCUUUGUAUAUCAUACUAAAUCAAGAAGCAGAUGAAGAGGUGUCUUAA